AUGGCCAGCGGUAGGCCUCCCGGGUCACAUCCAGCCGCUGGUCGCGAUGACGACCUCCUGCUGGAUUCCGAACCCACGUACAACAGUGGCCAGGGACCCCCGGUGAAUGACGAGCACCUACUACAACGCUAUAACAUCGACGACUCCGAGCAACCGUAUACCCAAACGCAGCCACGUCCUUCCGUUUCCUAUGACAAUUUUGUCGGAUCUCGUGCGCCCCAGGGCAGCACGCAACACAGUGCUGCUUCUGGAUCGGCGCAUCCGCCUGUCAACCCUGGGUUUCAUUUUAAUGACCCCUACUCCGCGCGUGAUCGGAGCUACUCCCAGACCUCUGGACUCGACAAUUAUCGACGGUACUCCGCGGACGAUUUUGACGACGGGCAUUCGGGUUAUUAUGACCUCGACGCGGAUGAAGACCGGAUUGCUAGUUCACACCGCGUUCGCCAGGCAAAUCAGCGCAACAGCGUCCUCGGACUCGGGGGUGGAUUGAUGGGCAGGGCGAAAUACAUGUUUGGCAUGGGAACCUCGCAAUAUUCGGAGAUGGAUCUCCCAUUAACAGAGGGCGGCGCAAGAAUGGGACCGAUCGAUAGUAAUGCUUCUCCGGUGCCGCCCCCGAAGCAACGCAAGAAGUUCCGCGCAUCUGACCUCAACAUCUUCGGACGACGCAAGGCCGAUCCUUCGACAAUGGGCCCACGCAUGAUCCAGCUCAACAACCCGCCUGCAAAUUCCGUCCACCGGUUCGUCAGCAAUCACGUCUCGACGGCCAAGUACAACAUCGUUACCUUUAUUCCCAAAUUCCUCUUCGAACAAUUCUCCAAGUAUGCCAACUUGUUCUUCUUGUUUACCGCUGUCCUGCAACAAAUCCCCAAUGUAUCGCCGACGAACAGAUACACGACUAUCGUCCCGCUGGCUAUUGUGCUGGCGGUGUCUGCGAUCAAGGAAUUGGUGGAGGACUAUAAACGGAGAAUGUCAGACAGAGGACUCAAUUUCUCCAAAACUCAAGUUCUCAAGGGAUCUUCCUUCCAUGAUACAAAGUGGGUGGAUGUUGUGGUUGGUGAUAUAGUUCGGGUUGAGUCCGAGCAGCCUUUCCCAGCUGAUCUGGUUCUACUUGCAUCAUCCGAGCCAGAGGGUCUAUGUUACAUUGAGACGGCAAACUUGGAUGGCGAAACCAAUCUGAAGAUCAAGCAAGCUAUUCCGGAGACCGCGCAUCUGGUCAGCCCUAGUGAUCUGAGUCGUCUGAGUGGACGUGUUCGGUCAGAACAGCCAAACAGCAGUCUGUAUACCUACGAAGCUACUUUGACCAUGAAUGCUGGAGGCGGCGAGAAAGAGUUGCCCUUGGCCCCUGACCAAUUGCUGCUUCGUGGUGCAACUUUGCGCAAUACCCCUUGGAUUCAUGGCAUCGUGGUAUUCAGUGGCCACGAGACAAAAUUGAUGCGGAAUGCGACAGCAACCCCAAUCAAGCGGACAGCCGUGGAGCGCACCGUCAACAUACAAAUUCUGAUGCUUGUCAGCAUUCUCAUCGCUCUGAGUGUUGUCAGUUCUGUUGGCGACCUCGUUAUUCGGAAAACUAGGUCUGAUACACUUGCAUACCUUGACUACGGAUCGGUCAACACGGGCAAGCAGUUCAUCAUGGACAUUUUCACCUACUGGGUGCUAUAUUCGAACUUGGUUCCGAUCUCCCUCUUCGUCACCAUUGAAAUUGUGAAGUAUUUCCAGGCAUUCCUCAUCAAUUCCGAUCUCGACAUAUACUACGAUAAGACCGACACGCCGGCCACCUGCCGGACAUCUUCACUCGUCGAAGAGCUUGGCCAGAUCGAGUACAUUUUCUCUGACAAAACUGGCACCCUGACCUGCAAUAUGAUGGAAUUCAAACAAGUCUCUAUUGCGGGCAUCCAAUAUGGUGACGAUGUUCCUGAAGAUCGACGUGCUGCCGCGGAGGAUGGCGCCGAUGUUGGUAUUCACGACUUCAAACAACUUAAAGAAAAUCUCAAGUCGCAUCCAAGCCAGAACGCCAUUCGUGAGCUCCUCACCCUUCUUGCCACCUGUCACACGGUCAUUCCCGAGCGAAAUGCCAGUGAUCCCGAUGUGAUCAAGUACCAAGCCGCCUCACCCGAUGAGGGUGCUUUGGUAGACGGAGCCGCAUCGCUGGGCUUCCGCUUCACCAACCGAAAACCGAGAUCUGUGCUCUUCGAGACUGAAGGACAGCAGCUCGAGUACGAGCUGCUCGCAGUGUGCGAGUUCAACUCUACUCGCAAGCGAAUGUCGACUAUCUUCCGAUGCCCCGAUGGAAAGGUCCGCGUUUAUUGCAAGGGUGCCGAUACGGUCAUUCUUGAGCGGCUUCACCCCGAUAAUCCCACCGUUGAGGCGACUCUGCAACACUUGGAGGAGUAUGCCUCGGAUGGACUGCGGACGCUGUGUCUGGCUAUGCGGGAAGUCCCCGAAGACGAGUUCCAGCAAUGGUACCAGAUCUUUGACAAGGCUUCUACCACCGUCGGUGGCAACCGUGCGGAUGAACUUGAUAAGGCGGCUGAACUGAUUGAGAAGGACUUCUACCUUCUCGGCGCUACGGCUAUUGAGGAUCGCUUGCAGGAUGGUGUUCCGGAUACCAUCCACACGCUCCAGGCCGCAGGCAUCAAAAUCUGGGUCUUGACUGGUGACCGGCAGGAGACUGCGAUCAAUAUCGGCAUGUCCUGCAAGCUCAUCUCGGAAGACAUGACACUCCUUAUCGUCAACGAAGAGUCCGCAGAAGCGACUCGUGCGAGCUUGCAGAAGAAGAUGGAUGCUGUCAUGAGCCAAAUCGCCUCUGGGGACGCCGAUCCUUUGGCCUUGAUCAUUGAUGGACGAUCAUUGACUUUCGCUCUGGAAAAGGAUAUGGAGAAGCUGUUCUUGGAUCUGGCAGUGAUUUGCAAAGCUGUUGUUUGUUGUCGUGUCUCUCCCCUUCAAAAGGCGUUGGUCGUUAAGCUUGUCAAGCGUCACAAGAAGGCUCUUUUGUUGGCUAUCGGCGACGGCGCCAAUGAUGUGUCUAUGAUCCAAGCCGCCCACGUCGGCGUCGGCAUCAGCGGUGUUGAAGGCCUCCAGGCCGCACGCUCUGCUGAUGUGGCCAUUGGCCAGUUCCGAUUCCUCCGGAAGUUGCUCCUCGUUCACGGAGCGUGGAGUUACUCUCGCAUUAGUCGAGUCAUUUUGUACUCGUUCUACAAGAACAUUACGCUGUACAUGACUCAAUUCUGGUAUUCUUUCCAAAACGCUUUCUCCGGAGAGGUAAUUUACGAAUCAUGGACCCUCUCCUUCUACAACGUGCUCUUCACUGUCCUACCUCCAUUCGCGAUGGGUAUCUUUGACCAGUACAUCUCUGCCCGGUUGCUUGACCGCUACCCACAGUUGUACCAGUUGGGCCAGAAAGGCGUCUUCUUCAAGAAGCACAGCUUCUGGGCCUGGGUUCUGAACGGAUUUUUCCAUUCUCUCCUGCUCUACAUUGUCUCCCAACUGAUCUACUUCUGGGACCUCCCCACGGCCGACGGCCAAGUCGCCGGCCACUGGGUCUGGGGCGAAUCUCUAUACACCGCCGUGCUCGCCACGGUUCUCGGUAAAGCCGCUCUGAUCACCAACGUCUGGACGAAAUACACCUUCAUCGCCAUCCCAGGGUCGAUGGCCCUGUGGCUGAUCUUCCUUCCGGCGUACGGUUUCGCCGCCCCGGCCCUGGGAUUCUCAAACGAAUACUACGGCACUAUCCCCGUCCUCUUCAAGUCCCCCAUUUUCUACCUGAUGGCCAUCGUCCUGCCUUGUAUAUGCCUGCUACGCGACUAUGCCUGGAAGUAUGCCAAGCGCAUGUACUACCCGCAGAACUACCAUCACGUGCAGGAAAUCCAGAAAUACAAUGUCCAGGAUUAUCGUCCACGCAUGGAGCAGUUCCAAAAAGCCAUCCGGAAGGUUCGCCAGGUCCAGCGCAUGCGCAAGCAGCGCGGUUACGCCUUCUCUCAGGCCGAUGAUGGUGGUCAGAUGCGUGUUCUCAAUGCUUACGACACCACCCGGAGUCGUGGACGGUAUGGUGAGAUGGCUAGUUCCAGGCCUAUGGCGUGA